AUGGCAGCAAACUAUCCCGAACUUCUCAUGACACGACCAUUGGGGUCUCGGGGUGUCAUGGAUGACAUAACCGCAUAUGAAAUUGCCACGUUUUUGAAAUUUGACGAAUCUCAUAUUCCCCAAGUAAGCUUAUUUAAGUUAUAUGCAAUGGACUGCAAAAUGGUGAUUGAUGACAAUUCAGAAUUCAGACAAACAAAUAUUUUCGCUCAUCGUGAUAUAAGUGAACAGGACACCCGCGAACAGGAGGCUGCAAAACACAACAUAAACUAUAUUGGAUUAGAUGGUAACAUUGGCUGUCUUGGUAUCACAAUAUCCGUCAUUUACUCAGUUAACGGUGCUGGAUUAGCAAUGUCGACCAUGGAUAUUAUCAGCUAUCACAACGGAAAGGCAGCAAAUUUCCUGGAUAUCGGAGGAGGAGCAUCAGCCGAGCAAGUAAUGGAAGCCCUGAGAAUAAUCACAUCUGAUAGUCAGGUGUAUAAUUUUUUUAUAUUCCUAGGUUAG